GGUUGUAAUGUUCGGUCUCCAUUGCUUCCACAUAUGCAGAAUUAACUUGCUGUCUCAUUGAGACCCCGUGAGAUGUUGUUGAGUCUCUCACGUGGCCUGCUGUCAAGGAUCAUAGACGGACGCCUCGCCAAGCUGAUAUCAACCGCUUACGCUAGAAGAUCGACUGUAACAAACAUAUGUCGCAGAAACCCUAAGCCAGAGCUAAAAUCUUUUUCUUUUUACUUAUGACGUAUGUGUUGCGAUCUGAUGCGUUUUUGUUGUGGUGAGCAAGGACUUUCAUUUAUCAUGACGUAUUCUAUGAAGUCAGGGUUGUGGAGAAGAUGUACGACCAUGGCACUGAUUCAUCGUCGAAGAGGAACUACAAAAGGGUUUUGAGAUCGACUGGAACUUUUUCUCAUACAUCAUCCAUCUCCUCAUCUCUUCUCAUAAUUCUCCUUUUCAGUCACUAAGCACACACAUCUCAACACACACUCAUCAUGUCUGGCUACUCCAACGUUGGUAACCGUGGUGUCUACGAGGCUGGCGAUCAGAGAAACGCUCCGGAGUCAGAGCGCAACGUUGAGGACCCCUACAACGAGGGCAAGGAGAACUCUCACAACAACCUUGAUUCCAAGGAUGAGCGAUCUAUCGCCAACCGCCUGGCUGCUGAGGAGCAACGAUCCGAGCCUGAAGACGAUCCCGAGACCGCCCAAUUAAAGAAGGAUCCCACUUUGCCUGCUCGCGCUCACGGCAACGAACCUUCCAAGGGCGCAAAGGUGGAUGCUCAAAUCCAGGCUGAAGAGGAAGAGGAGUUGAAGCGCAAGGGCAAGGCUUAAUUGUAACAAUACUUUAGAUCACGGCCGUUUCAUUGCAGGCAAAUGAUUCGGAAAGGAUGAAUUAAUGAUUGAAUUGAAAGCCGAAUCCUGACUUGACAAUGUGUAUGUAAAUACGAGGAAGCCUAGUGGUCUUGUUGAAGUGUAAGUCUGUUUCAAUGAUAGCUCUCCAAACGCCCCAGUUCAUUGGGUGUUGUAUUCUACGUAUGUAUAUAUUUAUGUUUCAACUAACUACAUGGUCAUCAAAAAUCGAGUUCGGGGGAUUGUACGGCAUGUCACAUGAAUCAAACGAACUGAAAGGUUCGCAGUAUAUGCCAACUACACUUGCGACCAAGGUAG